CUCCCCCCCCUCCUCUCUCUCUCUCUGUUUCACUCACUCCUCCCCCUCCCCCUCCGCGGCCCCUCCCACCCGGUCGCUUCCCCCGCCGCGGCCGCCGCCGCCGUCGCGCUCGCCGCCUGAGGGAAAAGCCGAGAAGGGCGGGGGGAGGAGGAGGAGCGGAGCCUCCCGCCGCGUCACGUGACGCCGCCAGGCUUUUAAUGUUUACAUUUGAGGCGGGCGGCCCGCGGCGCCGCCCCUCCCCCGCUCCGGGCCCCGCGCUUCUCCUUCGCCGUCGUCGCCUCAGCCAUCCUCGCCUCAGCCUCUUCGGCCUCCCGGCGACCGUUUCGCCUCCCGUCGCGCCUUCGGGGCCACGACGCCCGCCUCCGCCGCCGCCCCCGCCGCCAUCACGACGAGCCGUGAGGAGAGGGCUCAGAAGGAGCCGCCGCCGCCGCCGCCGCCGCUCGGCCUAGAGCGCCCGCGACGACGCCGGCCCGCGCCGCCCGGACGGGGAGCCGAGGCCGCCGCCGCCUCCGCCGCCCUCCUCCUCCUCCCCAAGGCCGCGGGGGGAGGCAGCGCGGCGGGACGCUUGGCCCGCGGAGGGGCAGCCGCCGCUGCUGCCGCCGCCGCCCUGGCCAUGGAGGAGCUGGUGGUGGAGGUGCGCGGCUCCAACGGGGCCUUCUAUAAGGCAUUUGUGAAAGAUGUCCAUGAAGAUUCAAUAACUGUUGCAUUUGAGAAUAACUGGCAGCCAGACAGACAGAUUCCAUUCCACGAUGUCAGGUUCCCUCCACCUACAGGGUACAAUAAAGAUAUAAAUGAAAGUGAUGAAGUUGAGGUUUAUUCCAGGGCUAACGAAAAGGAACCAUGUUGCUGGUGGCUGGCUAAAGUGAGAAUGAUAAAGGGUGAGUUUUAUGUAAUAGAAUAUGCUGCUUGUGAUGCUACCUACAAUGAAAUUGUCACAAUUGAGCGUUUGAGAUCUGUCAAUCCUAACAAACCUGCAACCAAGGAUACUUUUCAUAAGAUUAAGCUUGAUGUACCUGAAGAUUUAAGGCAAAUGUGUGCUAAAGAAUCUGCACACAAAGAUUUCAAAAAGGCAGUUGGGGCAUUUUCUGUAACAUACGAUCCUGAGGCCCAUCAGCUUAUCAUUUUGUCUAUUAAUGAAGUAACAACAAAACGUGCAAAUAUGUUAAUUGAUAUGCACUUUCGAAGUCUUCGAACCAAGUUAUCCUUGAUAAUGAGAAAUGAAGAAGCAAGCAAACAACUAGAGAGCUCAAGGCAGCUUGCGUCAAGAUUUCACGAGCAGUUUGUUGUACGUGAAGAUCUGAUGGGCCUGGCUAUUGGCACUCACGGAGCUAACAUCCAGCAAGCCCGGAAGGUACCGGGGGUGACAGCAAUUGAUCUUGAUGAAGACACUUGUACAUUCCAUAUUUAUGGGGAGGAUCAAGAUGCAGUGAAGAAGGCCAGAAGUUACCUUGAAUUUGCUGAGGAUGUCAUCCAGGUCCCAAGAAACUUAGUAGGAAAGGUGAUAGGAAAAAAUGGAAAACUCAUUCAAGAGAUAGUGGAUAAAUCUGGAGUUGUGAGAGUGCGAAUUGAGGCUGAAAAUGAUAAAAAUAUUCCACAGGAAGAGGGAAUGGUCCCGUUUGUCUUCGUGGGAACCAAGGACAGCAUCACAAACGCCACCGUUCUUUUGGAUUACCACCUCAAUUAUUUAAAGGAAGUGGAUCAGCUCCGUUUGGAGAGGUUGCAGAUUGACGAACAGCUUCGACAGAUCGGGGCCACAUCAAGGCCACCCCCGAAUCGCCCUGAUAAAGAAAAGGUGUAUAUGGCUGACGAUGGUCCUGGCCUUGGAAGGGGUGGCCGACCUUACAGGAACCGAGGCCACAGCAGGCGUGGGCCAGGCUAUGCUUCAGGAACUAACUCUGAAGCAUCCAAUGCUUCUGAAACAGAGUCUGAUCACAGAGAUGAGCUCAGCGACUGGUCCUUAGCCCCAGCGGAAGAAGAGCGAGACAGCUACCUGCGCAGAGGGGAUGGGCGAAGGCGCGGAGGAGGUGUGCGUGGCCAAGGCGGAAGAGGCCGGGGAGGGUUCAAAGGAAACGAGGACCAAUCAAGGACAGACAACCGUCAACGCAAUUCAAGAGAUGCUAAAGGGAGAACAGAUGGCUCACUUCAGAUCAGAAUUGACUGCAAUAAUGAAAGGAGUGUCCACACUAAAACCUUACAGAAUACCUCCAGCGAAGCUAGCCGGCUGCGGACGGGUAAGGAUCGUAACCAGAAGAAAGAAAAAUCGGACAGCGGAGAAAGUCAGCAACCGUUGGUGAAUGGCGUGCCCUAACCUGCAUAGCUCGAGAAGUCGUAUUUCCUAAACUGUUCCAGUAAAUCUUAUUCCACAUUAGAGAAACUUGUUAGGCCAAAGACAAAAUAGUAGGCAAGAGGGCGGCAGGGCAUGAAAUAUUAAACAAACAAAAAAACAAAAACAAAAAAAAAGUUCUGUUAGCCUUUUUUUAACAUCAGCAGUAUGCAGUUUUCUUUUUUUCAAAAUAAGACAUUAUACUUGCAUUAAAAUACCUUGAACUUCUGAAAAAAAAACACAAAAUGCUUUCAAGUACAUAUUGCACUUCAAACAAUGAAAGAAUUCCUUUUGUUUGUUUAAAAAAAAAAUACUGAACUGUGCAUUGGUAUUUCUGUUCAGUUGUACCAUUUUAACGCAUCUGGUCAAAAUCACUGCUAAAUUUCAAUUUUCAGAAUAAAUAGUGUUUGCGGUAAUCAAAUUGGGCUUCUGUUUUCAAUCUAUUAAAACCUCCUCACUUAAAAUAAAUAAAUAAAUAAAAAGUAAAAUUGACGCUAUGCUUUUACGUCCUGUGUCAGUUCACACACACUUUUCGGUUCACCUUUUUUUUUUCCCCCACCCCAAUAUUUCGGUGAAUCCGGAUUCUCUGUGUAAUGUAACUAAAUUGUCAUUUUCAUUAGCAAAAAAAAAACAAAAACCCACAAACAAAAAAACCACAGUUGUAUGGUAUGUGCCUUUUUUAUAUCUUGGCAGGUAGGAAUAUUCUCUUUGGAAGCAGAAAUCAGGGAAGAUUUGUUGGAAAUGCUGAACUCUUGUUUAACGUUCAGGUGUUAGACCCGCUCAGGGCGCAGGAAUCCUUCUUAAGAGCUUGGCGCCAGGUCUUUACAGGUGCCUGCCCCACCUUCUCAGCGCCUCUGGGUUGAGCAGGGAGACCUGAACUGGGUCACCUCACCUGGAAGAGCCCGUGGUGGGUUCCACCUGGAGCCUCUUCAGGCAGAAACAUCCGCAUAGGAACUUUAAAUGUACAAUAUAUAUGUAGCAAAACCUCUCCAACAGUUAGUACUUUAUUAGAAGAAUGCAUGCUUUCCAUAAUUUUUUUUUUCCUCGCAUCAACAUUGUUGGGCUGUUUAUAAGAUAGAAACCUAUUUUGCACUGAAGAUAAUAGCAGAUCAUGUUACUGAAGUGGUGGCUUCCCCCCCCCCCUUCAUUUGUUUCUUUAUGUUUCUCCCUUUUCAGUCAAGACGGGGGUUUGGGGUUUUGUUUUGUUUUUAAAAAAAUGCAUAUUCCCAAUUGUGACAAUACAGUUAAUGGUUACCGAGGGAACAAACCAGAACUUGUUCAUAAUGUGUGCCAGCUCUGUGGCCAGAGGACCAAUUUAAAAGAAUAAGUUUUUUUUGUUGUUGUUGUUGUCGUCAUUGUUCACUUCCCCUACAGUUUUGAUAUUUAAAUUUAGAUGGGAUAGGAAGAUGAUGGUGUUUUACACGGCUCUUCGUAAAAUUCAGGGAUAUACUGUACUUUGACAGCAUUGGAUAGAUCAAUUUUUAAGGUCUCGUUCACAAAGUCGUUUAAAAACUUGUAAUGGAAGUUGGUGUAAGGUUUAGUUGUCCAUAAUUGGGGAUGAGGCAUGCUUUCUAUUUCCAAUCAUGAAUGAAAUUUACAUGCAAAAAUAAAACACAGUAGGACAUUUCAUUUUAAGCUAUUCUGUUUUUAUUAAAAUUACUCCAGUGGGAGUAUUGCUGAUUGUGUACAGAAUUGUACAAACUGCAGCCCCAGUCUUUGUUGGGUUUUUGUUUGUUUCUGUGCUUUUUCAUUUUACCUUUUUUUUUUUUUUUACUUUGCGUACAAGCAAGCAUAUAAAAAUGGCAACAAACUGCACACAACUUAACGAAUAUUAAAAAAAAGUCUUAAAUAUUGCCAAACAUUAAAUGUUAAUUUCUAAUUAUUUAUUUUGGGGGAAUGUAUAGUAUUUGAAAACUGAAAUUGGUACCUUGCACACAUCAUCUGUAAGCUGUUUGGUUUAAAAUACUGUAGAUAAUUAACCAAGGUAGAAUGACCUUGUAAUGUAACUGCUCUUGGGCAAUAUUCUCUGUACAUAUUAGCUACAACAGAUUGGAUUUUAUGUUGACAUUUGUUUGGUUAUAGUGCAAUAUAUUUUGUAUGCAAGCAGUUUCAAUAAAGUUGGAUCUUCCUCUGCUAA